CGCCACUGUAUCGGAACUUUUACUUGCCUUCUCUUUUCAUUUUCUCUGUGAAACGUCGGAGUAGUCUUUAGACCUCGUUUGCUAGAAGGAAAUUGAGCAGGAAAGAAGCCUCCAAUUCCAAUGGCUCUCACCAAACUGAACUCGCGCUUCAACUUGUCUCCCCAUUCCAUUUUUCCUCUCUCAAAACGCGCCCUAAAGCCCUAUUCUGCCUCCUCAGACGCACUCGACAUUCAAAACGACAUAGCAGAAGUCGAUAGCGCCAACGCCAACUUAUCCCCGGCGGAAACUUUAAUAGCCGAUAAAUUCUACUCCUUAAUCAAAGACCAUUAUCGGAAAAACCCUAAUCCCAUAAACCCUAGCAGUAACCUCUUAAACCCUAGCGUAACAUUCCCAACUCUUUCUCACGAGUUCUCCAAAAUAUCCGUAGUUAAUUCCCUCUCCCCUUCUUUAAUCCGCUGUGUACUCGAGAAAUGCUCCGCCCUCCGCCACGGCAUUCCCUUUAUUCAAGCACUUGCCUUCUUCAAUUGGGCCACGUCACCAUCGAAUUUGUCUGAAAUUUCACCUUUAUUGGUGGAGGCCUACAACAAAAUGAUCGACCUUUCUGGAAAGGUGCGUCAAUUUGAUGUCUCCUGGCACUUCAUUGAUUUAAUGAAAUCGAAAAGUAUAGAAAUCCCAAUUGAAACUUUCUCGAUUUUGAUUCGCCGUUAUGUCUUAGCUGGGUUGGCUGCGGAGGCCAUACAUGCUUUUAAUAGAAUGGAGGAUUAUGGUUGCAAGCCUGAUCGCAAUGCGUUUUCUAUAGUGAUUGGUAUAUUAUGUAAGAAAAGAAGAGCGGUGGAAGCACAAGCAUUUUUUGAUAGUUUGAAGGAUAAGUUUGAGGUGGACAUUGUGUUGUAUACCAGUUUAGUGCACGGGUGGUGUCGGGCUGGGAAUAUUUCUGAGGCUGAGAAGGUGUUUCGGGAAAUGAAGGAGGCUGGUAUUCAGCCCAAUGUGUAUACCUAUACCAUUGUGAUCGAUGCUUUGUGUAGGUGUGGCCAAAUUACAAGAGCACAUGAUGUUUUCUCAGAGAUGAUUGACGUGGGAUGUGUACCAAACGCAGUUACUUUUAACAAUUUAAUGCGGGUUCAUGUAAAGGCUGGGAGGACUGAGAAAGUAUUGCAAGUAUAUAACCAGAUGAAGAGGCUUUCAUGUGAGCCGGAUUUGAUCACGUAUAACUUUUUGAUUGAUAGUCAUUGUAAGGACAAGAAUCGAGAGGAGCCAAUUAAGGUGCUUAAUACAAUGGUUAAGAAAGGAUGUGAGCCAAAUCCCUCUAGUUUCAAUCCAAUUUUAAGGUGCAUCGCAGAAGCCCAGGAUGUAAAUGCUGCACAUCGAUUAUUUGCCAAGAUGAAGGAGUUAAAUUGUAAGCCAAAUACUGUGACGUAUAAUAUAUUGCUCCGGAUGUUUGCUGAGUCUAAAUCAACUGAUAUGGUUCUUAAAAUUAAGAAAGAAAUGGAUGAAAGUGAUGUUGAGCCUAACGUGAAUACUUUCAGAAUUCUGAUUUCAGUGUACUGUAAAAUGGGUCACUGGAAUAAUGGAUACAAGUAUCUCAAAGAGAUGGUUGAGGAAAAGCGUUUGAGACCUGGUAUGCCCGCCUGCAAAAUGGUUUUGGAGCAGUUAAGGAAAGCAGGGCAGAUAAAGAAGCAUGAGGAAUUGGUAGAAAAAAUGGUGGGCUUGGGGUUUAUAACUCGUCCGUUGUAGGAACGGUGCUCCUGUGCUGAUCAUAUGGCUAAUUUUGCUUCAUUAGAUAUUCUGCUAUUCGAAUUUUGUGAGUUUUGCCGAAACCAUUUGUUUUGAUGUAGGAAAUUGUAGUUCUGAAAUUUUGUUAGCUCUGCCAAUUGCCAUUCCAGUUUUGGAAUAUCUUCAUUGUAGUUCCAAUCGAUAACUUCUCUUUGAUUCUUUGAUAAUUGAAGUUUUAAUAUUAUAUCAGGCAUCAUGGUUCGUGUCUGUAUAAUUAUUUGGAAUGCAUAUCUUAAAACUUAA